AUGACACUGCUCCGAUCGAUUACGUUACCACUCUAUCUCGUCUUGUCAAUUUGGACGUUCGGUAUCACGAAUGCAGCAUUUGCUGCCACCCCUACCUCGGAAUGUUGCAGCACUUGUAUCGGGAAGACGGCAAACGCUGCAUAUACUUAUGAUCCUGUAAUUUUUGAGCAAUGUUCCAACGUAUCAGGAGGGGUGUGCUGCUUUGAUUGCGGCAAUUUAGGCGAUCCAACGUAUGGAGACACAGUCUCGUAUGCUUCUGAUGGUGUUACGGCCGUGGUGAAAGCAGGCACAUACAUCUCGUUCACUUGGACUGGUAUAGCAAAUGUGACGUACAUCUCACUUAAAACGGGUCAAAAGAAGAUCGCAACGCCAACCAUUUCCAACACAGCAGCAACCGUCAAGUCCAACACUUUUCUUAUCUGUGCCAAAAGUGCCGGAACUAUAUAUUUUCGGGGAUGGGGCGAAGAAUCCUGUCGCGAAGCUUCACCAGAAUAUUUAGUAAAAGUGGAAGCAGGUGACUCGACCACAUGUGAUGCUACAGACGUUAGUGUUAAUAGUAUGAACUCAGAGGUCUCAGGUUCCACAUCAGGUUCCAGCUCGGAACAAGUACCAGCUGAUAGUACAGUGGAGAAAUGCAAUGCUCAGCGAGCUAGUAUUCAGGUCGUUGACGGCACACGAACUUGUGUCUGCGUUUCGGACUGGACGAACCCACCUGAGUGCAAUCAAUGGCCAGUAUGGAAAUGGAUUGUCACGGUUGGCGGUGGUGUGGCUGCUUUGUUUUCGAUCAUGAUUUCGCUUAAUGCACUGCUUCCAGCACUUCGACGAAAAAAGCAAGAAAGAGAAGACCAGAAAAAUCUUGCUUUCAACACUCCGAAAGACGAUGUUGCGACACUAGAAAUGACAGCCACGAGUAGCUACUAUGGCAAGGCAAUGAUGGUCCCUACAACGUAUGACCCACAAGCAGAUCGCCCUUCUGGGGUUCCACGGAAGCCAGUUGAGAAUGAAUUCACGCUUUAA